AAAGACAUCAAGACAACCAUAAGAAAGCAAGAAAAAUACAAAAGAGCAAUGGACAAAAAAACAAAGGCAGAAAUCAACAUCAACCACAAAAUCUCUCCCCGCGCAACCGUGCGCUCAGAACAACAACCACAACCAGCCCGGGACACAAGAACAAGAACAAGAACUCCUCUUCCGUCUCGACAGCAGGAUAUUCGGCAGACAAGGGAGUAUAAAGUUGCUUCUAGGAGAUGGACGUCGACGAUAGUCGCGCUCCCGAUCCUGUUGUAUACGUCUUAUGUUCUUUAUGAGCGUGCGUAUGGGAAUCAGAGCCCCAAGCAUCUUGGGAAUGUGGAUUCGGCGAAGUCAGAUCAAAGUCAGGUUCCAAAAUGAGAUGCAAAUGCCCUUCUGGUGUAAUUUCAAUUUUCGAUGCCUGAUGAAAGUUGAACUGGUGAAUGGGAAAGAUUUGUAUGAUUACUCGGUUGCAUUCUUCCUUUUGGCGUGUGUAUAUAACUGUUGAGGUUAUGUGUUAUUAGACAUCAAGGUGCCUAUACUGUUGGUAUUCAUUCCAUCUACAUCCCCUACCAAAUUUGAAACUAUUGGGACUGGGACAUCACCUCGUGAAUCAUUAGAAAAGGCAAAACCACAGAAACGACCAGUAGUGAUCGUACA